UUACAUGACCGACACACAGCUCGAAUAUGUGUUUCAGUGAACAGAGGAUUUCAGUUAUGGACUGUUAUUUAGUAGUUUAACAAUCAGUGUGUAUGGACGUGAUUUGAAUCUUUGAAUUUUUCUUAAUUAAUAAUCUGGACUCGAUGAAUAAAAAAGACUGAAAAAGUGAAAUUUUGAUUUUAAUAAAAUUUUUACCAAAAUAAUGUUAAGCUUCAAUUCAAUCAGAUCUGGUGUGCGGUGAUUAUUAGAAGUUCUCUGGGUGCUUAAGCUAUACACGAACUGUGUGCAGUCUCUGUGAAUUAUGGGUCUCUCGAGUCAGAAUGGAAUUAAAAAGGAAAAGUCGGAUGAUCUGAAGCAGGAAUUGGAUAUUGAUUUUCAUAAAAUCUCAAAGUCGGAACUGUAUCAACGAUUCAAAACACAUCCGGAAAAUGGUCUGUCUCAUGCACAAGCAAAAUUCAAUUUAGAACGAGAUGGACCGAAUACGCUUACGCCGCCGAAGGAAACGCCUGAAUGGAUUAAAUUUUGUAAGACAAUGUUCGGUGGCUUUGCAAUGCUGCUGUGGAUCGGUUGCAUUUUGUGCAUGAUAGCGUACACAAUUCAAGCGGUUACUAGUGAAGAACCAUCGGACGAUAAUUUGUACUUGGGUAUUGCACUUGCUGUUGUGAAUAUCGUUACCGGCAUUUUUUCGUAUUAUCAGGAAUCUAAGAGCAACAAGAUUAUGGAAUCGUUCAAAAAAAUGGUUCCACAAUACGCUACAGUUAUUCGAGGCGGUGAAAAGCUUACUCUACAUUCCGAGAAUCUCGUAGUUGGUGAUAUUGUCGAAGUGAAAUUCGGCGAUAGAUUACCAGCCGAUAUUUGUGUUAUUGAAGCGAAAAACUUCAAGGUGGACAACUCAUCUCUAACCGGUGAAUCGGAACCGCAAUCUCGUGGACCGAAUUUCACCCACGAAAAUCCAUUGGAAACGAAAAAUUUAGCAUUUUUCUCUACAAAUGUUGUUGAAGGUACCGCCAAAGGUGUGGUCGUCACUUGCGGUGACAAUUCGGUAAUGGGACGCAUUGCUGGAUUGGCAACAUCUAUUGAUUCUGGCGAAACACCCAUUGCGAAAGAAUUGCAUCGGUUCAUUCAUCUCAUUACCAUUGUGGCCGUAUUCUUCGGUGUCUUGUUCUUCAUAGUAUCGUUCGCUAUUGGAUAUCAUUGGUUGGACUCGGCCAUUUUUUUGAUUGGUGUUAUUGUUGCCAAUGUACCGGAAGGACUCUUACCCACAGUUACGGUUUGCUUGACUUUAACGGCUAAGCGAAUGGCAUCGAAAAAUUGUUUGGUGAAAAACUUGGAAGCUGUCGAAACACUCGGGUCAACGUCCAUAAUCUGCUCCGACAAAACUGGAACAUUAACGCAGAAUCGAAUGACCGUGUCACAUAUGUGGUUUGAUGGUCAAAUCGUUGCUAGUGAUACGUCGGAGCAUCAGAGCGAGUUUCAGUAUGAUCGUAACAGUUCCGGAUUCAAGGCUUUAUCGCGUGUGGCCACACUGUGUAGCCGGGCUGAGUUUAAGGGUGGUCAAGAUGGACUAGCAGUUCAAAAGAAAGAAGUUAGCGGUGAUGCGUCCGAAUCAGCUCUUCUGAAGUGUAUGGAAAUCGCUCUGGGCGAUGUUAUGGCGAUUCGUAAACGCAACAGAAAAAUAGCGGAGAUCCCAUUCAACUCGACGAACAAAUUCCAAAUAUCGAUCCACGAAACAGACGACCCUUGUGACCCGCGUUAUUUGUUGGCGAUGAAAGGAGCACCCGAACAGAUUUUGGAACGAUGCAGCACCAUUUUCAUUGAUGGUAAGGAACACGUGAUGACGACUGACUUGAAAGACGAUUUCAACAGAGCGUACUUGGAAUUGGGAAGUCUUGGUGAGCGUGUUCUAGGCUUCUGCGAUCUGAUGCUACCAGCCGAUCAAUACCCCAAUGGUUUCGAAUUCAACACUGAUACGAUCAAUUUUCCUACUCAAAAUCUACGUUUCGUUGGUUUGAUAUCAAUGAUUGAUCCACCUCGGGCUGCAGUUCCCGAUGCAGUGUCGAAAUGUCGGUCUGCAGGCAUCAAAGUCAUUAUGGUUACUGGCGAUCAUCCAAUUACAGCUAAAGCAAUCGCACGAUGCGUGGGAAUAAUUUCGGCUGGUAAUGAAACCGUCGAAGAUAUCGCAAAGAGAUUGAACAUUCCCGUGUCUUCGGUAAAUCCACGCGAAGCAAAAGCUGCCGUUGUGCAUGGAAACGAUUUGAAAGAUUUAUCAAGUGAUGAGUUGGACGAUAUUUUACGUUAUCACACAGAAAUCGUAUUCGCUCGUACGUCGCCCCAGCAGAAAUUGAUUAUUGUCGAGGGUUGUCAACGCUUGGGAGCUAUUGUCGCUGUGACUGGGGAUGGUGUUAACGAUUCACCGGCCUUGAAAAAGGCUGACAUUGGUGUUGCUAUGGGCAUUUCCGGUUCAGAUGUCUCGAAACAGGCCGCCGACAUGAUUCUUCUGGAUGACAAUUUUGCAUCCAUUGUGACUGGUGUGGAAGAAGGUCGACUAAUUUUCGAUAACUUGAAGAAAUCAAUUGCCUAUACACUGUCAUCGAAAAUACCGGAAAUGUCGCCGUUCUUGGCGUUCAUUUUGAUUGGCAUUCCAUUACCGCUGGGAGCGGUUACCAUUCUUUGCAUCGAUUUAGGAACCGAUAUGGUGCCGGCAAUUUCAUUGGCUUAUGAAAGAGCCGAAAGCGAUAUCAUGAAGAGGAGGCCUCGAAAUCCCAACAAAGACAAUCUGGUCAAUCGGAAUCUCAUCUCAAUGGCAUACGGUCAAAUAGGCAUGAUUCAAACGGCCGGUGGUUUUUUCACAUAUUUCGUCAUCAUGGCGGAGAAUGGAUUCCUGCCGACAAGAUUAAUAGGACUUCGUGAACAAUGGGAAUCGAAAUUUGUGAAUGACUUAACGGAUUCUUACGGACAGGAAUGGACAUAUCGAGACCGUAAAGCACUCGAAUACACUUGCCACACGGCCUUUUUCAUUUCAAUUGUAAUCGUCCAAUGGACCGAUCUGAUCAUUUGCAAAACACGUCGGAAUUCAUUGUUCCAUCAGGGCAUGACCAAUUGGGUACUGAAUUUCGGCUUAGUUUUCGAAACCGCGUUGGCUGCAUUUCUAUCAUAUUGUCCAGGCACCGACAAAGGUCUCCGAAUGUAUCCAUUAAAGUUUAAUUGGUGGUUACCGCCCGUACCGUUUAUGCUUGCUAUCCUGAUCUACGAUGAAGUGCGAAAAUUGUACCUGCGACGUCAUGCCAACAGUUGGUUGGAGAAGGAAACGUAUUAUUAAAAUUUAAGUUUGAUUUCUCUCCGUGUAAUACUCAUCAUGAGGUAGAGUUAAGGUUUAAAUAAAUGAGACGCUCGAAUGUUUUGUUAAAUGCACACAUUAAACAGUAGUAAUCAUCCUGCAAA